GGGCGGGGGUGGGGUGCGCGAGGGCUCGGGGAUGAGUUUGGUGGGGGGCUUCCCCCACCACCCCGUGGUGCACCAUGAGGGCUACCCCUUCGCCGCCGCAGCCGCCGCCGCCGCCGCCAGCCGCUGCGGCCACGAGGAGAACCCCUACUUCCACGGCUGGCUCAUCAGCAGCCACCCGGAGAUGUCGCCCCCCGACUACAGCAUGGCCCUGUCCUACAGCCCCGAGUACGCCAGCGGCGCGCCGGGCAUCGACCACUCCCACUACGGCGGGGGGCCGCCGGGCAGCGGGCCGCCCGGGCUCGGGGGGCCGCGGCCGGUGAAGCGCCGGGGCACGGCUAACCGCAAGGAGAGGCGCAGGACUCAGAGCAUCAACAGCGCCUUCGCCGAGCUGCGGGAGUGCAUCCCCAACGUGCCCGCCGACACCAAGCUGUCCAAGAUCAAAACCCUCCGCCUGGCCACCAGCUACAUCGCCUACCUCAUGGACCUGCUAGCCAAGGACGAUCAGAACGGGGAGGCGGAGGCCUUCAAGGCAGAGAUCAAGAAGACAGACGUGAAGGAGGAGAAGAGGAAGAAAGAGCUGAAUGAAAUAUUGAAAAGCACAGUUAGCAGCAACGAUAAGAAAACCAAAGGGAGGACUGGCUGGCCGCAACAUGUCUGGGCUUUGGAGCUCAAGCAGUGAGCGCCGCAAGACUGAAGAACUCAAGGAAAUCUCCUAGACUCAUUAGAGAGAUUUGAUCUGAGGACUUUUUGUAUUUGGAAUCAUCCAGUUUAUUUAUGUGCAAUUUCUCCCCCACCCCCCAAAAUGUGGAUAUUCGAAGAAAAGCAUUCCAUAUAUAUGAAGAGGAAACUCCAGCUUGGUAAGGGGUAAUGUCGUCUCAGUAGUUUCGUGAAUGUUAUUUCUCUGUUUGUAUAGAACACACGGGGAAAAAUAGAAAAGAAAGGGGGGAAAAGACUCCCUGGCAUUAGUGUGUAUGUGAAGUGUAUCUUUAAUACUUGGCCUUUUGGAUAUAAAUAUUCAUGGGAUUAUAAAAUUAUAUUUCAACAGAAACAGUUGCACCAAUGUUUCAGUUGGCUUGGUAUUUACUAUGGUAAUUUUGUUGUGGUCGUUCAGUAUUUGAAAAUGUUUUCAGCAGCUAUUUGUUAUGUGCACUUCCGUCCUUAAGGGGGGAAAAAGUGGAGUUUAAUUAAUAUUGAAGGUGUAAACGUUGUAAGUAUUCAAUAAAC